AUGACGUCGGAAAAGAAAGUCGCUGAAAACAUGCUGUGGGGAGGCCGAUUCACGGAGGGCCUUGACCCAGUCAUGGAGCAAUACAAUGCUUCGCUGCCAUACGACCGACUCUUCUACGCCGAAGACAUCGCAGGCUCGGUCGCAUUCGCGCGUGCAAAUUUCAACAAUGGCAUCCUCACACAGGACGAGUUCGCUGCCAUUGAGAAGGGUCUUGCACAAGUCAAGGAGGAGUGGGCGUCGAACAGCUUCGAAGUCAAGGCCAACGACGAGGACAUUCACACGGCCAACGAACGCAGGCUGAGCGAGAUCAUCGGCAAGGACAUUGGCGGCAAGCUGCACACGGGCCGAAGCAGGAACGAGCAAGUCGCAACAGACAUGCGGUUGUGGCUGAGGGAACAGCUGCGGACGCUCGAGGGCUAUCUCAAGCUCCUCAUACAGACGUCGGUGCAGCGAGCCGAGGCUGAGAUCGACGUGCUGAUGCCCGGCUACACACAUCUGCAAAAGGCCCAGCCAGUCCGCUGGUCGCACUGGAUCCUCUCGCACGCAACUGCUUUUGCCAGCGAGCUCGAGCGUCUGCGUGAAGUCAUCAAGCGAGUGAACCGCUCGCCGCUCGGUUGCGGUGCGCUUGCGGGCAACCCCUUCAACAUUGACCGAAACGCCAUGGCCAAAGAGCUUGGUUUCGAAGGCCUGCUCACAAACUCCCUCAACGCCGUGGGCGACCGCGACUUCGUCUUUGAGACGAUGCAAUGGGGCUCCAGCUUCAUGCUCAAAAUGUCUCGCUGGGCCGAAGACCUCAUCAUCUACUCGAGUCUGGAAUUUGGCUUCAUCCGCCUCGCCGACGCAUACUCGACCGGCAGCUCGCUGAUGCCCCAGAAGAAGAAUGCCGACUCUCUGGAACUGAUUCGCGGUAAGAGUGGUCGUGCUUUCGGACACAUGGCGGGCUUGUACGUCACCAUCAAAGGCCUGCCAACCACGUACAACAAGGAUCUGCAAGAGUCUGUGGAGCCGCUCAUCGAUCACAUCAAGACCGUCAGCGACUCGAUACAAAUCGCAACCGGCGUGUUGUCGACGCUGUCAGUCAACAAGGAGAAGAUGCAGGCCGCGCUGGCCCCGGAAAUGCUAGCGACCGAGUUUGCAGACUACCUCGUGCGAAAGGGCGUGCCGUUCCGUGAGGGCCACCAUAUCUCCGGCCGUGUGGUUGCGCUAGCGGAGAACGAGAAUAUUCCCAUGGAUAAGUUGAGCUUGGAGCAGCUCAAGGGCAUCGAUGCGAGGCUGGGCGAUGAUGUCGUCGAGUGCUUGGACUACGAACGUGCUGUGGAGCUGAAGAAUGCGACUGGAGGCACUAGCAAGAGCGCUGUGCUUGAGCAAGUGCAGAUACUGAAACAGAUGCUGCAGUAG